GGGAAAGGCCCUCCUCUGCCUCUCGCCCCGCCCCUCCCGCGCAUGCGCCCUGCCGCCCCGAAUGGGAGUUGCGGGCAAGAGCGGCUGUGUCGUUGCCCGCGGUGCACUGUGGGAGCAGCUGAGGGCGCAAAAUGGCGGACCUGGCCAACGAAGAGAAACCAGCCAUCGCGCCGCCCGUCUUUGUGUUUCAGAAGGAUAAAACCCAGAAGAGGUCAGCAGAUGAGUCCAGUCCAGAAGAUGGGGAAGAGUCCGACCGAGAGGAUGGGAGUUACUGCCCCCCGGUAAAGCGGGAGAGGACGUCCUCGCUCACCCAGUUCCCUCCCUCGCAGCCAGUCACAAAGAACAAUGUCUUCAUGCCAUCGAGCUUCUGUGAACCUUCGGCGGGAAACUCGGACUCGGAGCCAGAGGAGAAAAGCACGGGGUUCCGGCUGAAGCCGCCCACCCUCAUCCACGGCCAGGCCCCCAGCGCAGGGGUCCCGAGCCAGAAGCCGAAGGAGCAGCAGCGGAGCGUCUUGCGCCCGGCCGUCUUGCAAGCCCCCCAGCCCAAGCCUUUCUCGCAAACAGUCCCCAGCAGCGGAACCAACGGCGUCGGCGUCUGUCCGGAUCCUGCGGCGAGCGCCUCCGAGUCCCCGACCCGCGCUGCGGCAAAAAGCCCCGACCCACAGGAAAUGGAGAGGCCCUGCCCAUUGAAGGAUCCCAGCAACGCCUCGGAGGCCGAGAGGGGCGAAAAGGCCGACCAGAACGCGCAGCAGUCCUUUGUCUUCGGGCAAAACCUCCGGGACCGAGUCAAGCUAGGAAACGAAAACGACGAAGCUGCGGACGCGCAGAACGCGGGGCUCGCCAACGCAGAGGCCCCGUCCGCCACCAACUACUUCCUCCAGUACAUCAGCUCCAGCAUAGAAAACUCCACGCACAAUGCGGACGCCGCCAGCAACAAGUUCGUCUUUGGGCAGAACAUGAGCGAGAGGGUCCUGAGCCCACCCAAGUCCAGCGAGGCCGGCACCGACAGCAACAAGGAAAAUGCCGGCGGCGAUUCCGGAUCGGAAUCCUCUUCGCAGGAAGCCACGCCUGAGAAAGCCAACAACAUCUCGGAGUCUCUGGCGGAGUCGGCGGCGGCCUACACCAAGGCCACGGCCCGGAAGUGUCUCCUGGAAAAGGUGGAGGUCAUCACCGGGGAAGAAGCCGAGAGCAACGUCCUGCAGAUCCAGUGCAAGUUGUUUGUCUUCGACAAGGUCUCCCAGUCCUGGGUGGAGCGGGGCCGGGGGCUCCUCCGCCUCAACGACAUGGCCUCCACCGACGACGGGACCCUCCAGUCACGAUUGGUCAUGCGGACGCAGGGCAGCUUGCGCCUGAUCCUGAACACGAAGCUGUGGGCCCAGAUGCAGAUCGACAAGGCCAGCGAGAAGAGCAUCCGCAUCACCGCCAUGGACACCGAGGACCAGGGCGUCAAGGUCUUCCUCAUCUCGGCGAGCUCCAAGGACACGGGGCAGCUGUACGCGGCCCUGCACCACCGGAUCCUGGCCCUGCGCAGCCGCGUGGAGCAAGAGCAGCAGGAGGCCAAGAGCGCCGCGCCGGAGCCGGAAGUCAGCCAGUCGAACGAGGAGGACAGCGACGACGAGGACGACGACGAGGACGACAACGGGCCCGUGCCCUCCGGCUCCCCCGGGCGCGGUCCCGUGGACGAAGCCGAGGGCCAGACCCCCAGCAGCACAUAGCGGCCGUGCGCCCGGAUCCGGGGAGGGGAGGGGCGCGGGAAGAUGGCCGCCACCGCCCCCCUCGCGGCCGACCCUUGCCCUCGGACGGCGACCACCACCACGAGACCCUCGGAGAUUUAAGGACUCUGCAUCUGGUUGUUUUUCGUUUUUUUGUUUUCCCGCUUUCCCCCUUUUUUCUAACCGCUCCCUCCCCGCUCCCCCCCCCCCCUUUUUUUUUUUGGCGUGUUGGACUUUUUGGGGGAGGGGCGGGGAAAGGGGGAGAGGCGGGGCUUCCGACCGGUCAAAAAAACACGACGAAGCGAAAACGAAACCGCAGACUUUUGGACAACAAAACAGAAAAAGACGCAAACUGGCCGGAACGUGGGUCGUGGACGCUUGGAAACCGAAACGCUCAUCAUAUUGAUGAGUGGAGGGGAGGGAGGGGAGAUGCCGUUUUCUUGCCUCCCCGAAUUCCUCCCUCCCUUCCUUCCACAUGUUGCAUAAACAACCCUGUCGAUGGCGGGGAAACUUUUCCCCGGAGCCCCGUUCAGAUUCCGGAUCCCUCUGGCCGUUUCCCGGUCUCCUCGAGCCUCCUCCGUUCCCGUCUUUCGAACCCGAACCACGGCUCCCGUUCUUUUCUUCAGGGCGGAAAUGAAAGACUUUUGAAACCCACCACCUCCUUGUUUAUUUUUUUAUUAUUAUUAUUACUUUGGGUUCAUUUUGUAUCGUUGUUGUUCUUAUUCUUUCUCCGGUUGUUCCUUGUCGUUCCUUGUUCCGGUUUGUAAACAAACUUCAAAACCCGUCGUUUCGGUUUGUAAACAAACAAGCAAAAACUCGACAAACUCGUUCGGAAAAGACUUCUUCUCUCUUCCGUCCUGUCGGGAGAGCGAAGCCCUUAUGUGUAUGUAUAUAUAUAUAUGUGUGUGUUGUGUAUAUAUGGCCAUAUAUAUAUAUAUAUAGGCACACACAUAUACUCAUGUACAUAUAUAUAUAUGUAAUGUAUGUAUAACAGACGUUGACGUGCUUUGUUUUCACCUGGGAGUGAGGCUCGCGGAAGUCGAGGCGGGCGCUUCGUGGGAAUUUGUCGCCUUGACAAUACGGCAACACAACGUUUGUCGUAUUUUUGUAUCAAUGGACGCAAACGAGACGUAUUCCAGGUCCACGUUUUGAAGGGUUUUUCAGUCCGCAUGGUGCAUUGGCCGGGAACGACGCUUGCGACGUCCCAUGGUAAAUGUCCAUCCCAUCGUCCCCAACAUUUCACAGCAACUUGUUGGGAACGUAAAUGUCCAUCCCAUCGUCCCCAACAUUUCACAGCAACUUGUUGGGGUUUUAUACCACAAAUAUAAAAAACGAGGCCUUGCAAGAAGGGUUGGGGACACUGGUAAUUUCCUACUGAAUGGGAUUCAUCUGCGGUUGGGUUCGAAUAUACCGAACCUUGUCCGUUUUGAUACUGAUACGAAGUUGGGUUGCAAUUCCGAAUAUCCCGAACCUUGUCCGUUUUGAUACUGAAACGAAUGUUUGCAAGGCUGGGAGGGUUUUUUGUUGUUUUGUUGUUAUUUCCGGAGGUUUUCUUUGCAGAGCUCGUCACAUUCAUCCAACGAAACUUCGUUCGGAACGGCAACGAAAAAAAAAGACAUUUCGGCCUUUUCCUCUCUCUCGGCCUCCCGUCGUCGGAUCCUCGGAUAUUUUUUUUUCCUCUCGGAGGAAAGAGACUUAAAACAAACAAAAACUUAGACAAAAGCCUGUGUGUUUGGAAGGUUUCUGUACAAUUGUCAUAUCAGAUGUAUUUGGGAAUUACAUUAAAAAAACAAACGAGAA